ACUGAGCGAGUCAGAUGAGGCGCAACCGCACUGGAGAAGAAGAGCAGGACUGGCGCGAAUGCCUUUGCUUUUUACACUAAGCCGCGUGAUCGGUGUUUUAUAAUGGUUUUAAAUGAUGGAAUAUGCAAAUUAUAACAGUUGACCAGGGCUUUUAGGCUGUGAAGUGUUUAUGAGGCAUGGCUUUCGUUUUCACUUUCUUUUUUCUGUCCUGUGUGAGCAAUGUUUGGGGAAAUAAUCCGAAAUCGACCGAGAUUGAUGGGAAUAUCUAUUUGGAUAACAUUACGCGUAUAUUGAAUAGAUUACUGGAUGGAUAUGACAACAGGCUACGACCUGGAUUUGGAGGUCCAGUUACCGAGGUCAAAACAGACAUCUUUGUAACCAGCUUUGGUCCAGUGUCAGAUGUUGAGAUGGAGUACACCAUGGAUGUAUUCUUCCGUCAAACGUGGAUUGACGAGAGGUUGAAAUUCGAGGGCCCCAUCGAGAUUCUGCGCCUCAACAACCUCAUGGUCAGCAAGAUCUGGACGCCAGACACAUUCUUCCGGAAUGGCAAGAGGUCCAUCUCUCACAACAUGACCACUCCCAACAAGCUGUUCCGCAUCAUGCAGAACGGAACUAUCCUCUACACCAUGAGAUUGACUAUAAAUGCGGAGUGUCCCAUGCGACUGAUGAACUUCCCCAUGGACGGCCAUGCCUGUCCUCUCAAGUUUGGUAGUUAUGCCUACCCCAUGAGUGAAAUUGUGUACACAUGGAAAAAAGGACCACUGUUCUCUGUGGAAGUACCAGAGGAGUCCUCCAGCUUGCUACAGUACGAUCUAAUAGGACAGACAGUGUCCAGUGAGAGGUUAAAAUCCAACACAGGUGAAUAUGUAAUCAUGACUGUUCACUUCCACCUGCAAAGGAAGAUGGGCUUCUUCUUGAUUCAGACAUACAUUCCCUGUAUCAUGACGGUGAUCCUGGCUCAGGUCUCUUUUUGGAUCAAUAAGGAAUCUGUCCCUGCUCGAACUGUAUUUGGCAUUACCACUGUGCUAACCAUGACCACACUCAGCAUCAGCGCCCGCCACUCUCUGCCCAAAGUUUCCUACGCCACGGCCAUGGACUGGUUUAUUGCCGUAUGUUUCGCCUUCGUUUUCUCAGCCCUCAUCGAGUUUGCAGCAGUCAACUACUUCUCCACGCUGCAGGCCAACAGGGAGCUCCGCAAGGUGGCCGCCGUCAAGGCAGCCCAGGAGGCUGCAGAGGCCGGGAGGAGUGACGGGGAGUCCUCUUCGGACGCCAGCAGUAUGCUGAAGAAGAGGAUGAACUCUACGCCUCACUUUGAGAGGCCAGCGGAGGUGUUCCCUAACCCUCCAGUGAAUGCCCAGGCCUUCCUCCAGCAAGGCUCAGCCGUGCCGUCCAACAACUUACUGACAGGCACCAGCAUCAUAGACAAGUACUCACGCAUCCUCUUCCCUCUGUCGUUCGGGGCCUUCAACCUAGUCUACUGGAUCGUCUAUCUUACCAAGGACACCAUGGAGAUGACAAGAGACAGCGUUUGAGCCCCGUCCUGGAGUGAGCCCCCUCACUGAUCUCACACGGAUGCACAUGUGCACACACACACACACACACACACACACACACACACACACACACACACACACACACACACACACACACACACACACACACACACACACACACACACACACACACACACACACACACACACACACACACACACACAAACAAACACAAGGACACUCGCCGUUUGGAUAGAUGACAGAGAAGCUUGCCAAGGUUUUCUUUUUGAUGCUGCCUCUGUACAUUGUGUUUUUUGUUUUUUACUUUCAGUGUGUGACUGAUUUGAAGUGCUCUGCCAACUGUUGACCUGGGAGCUCAAGUUUUAUCAUAGCUCAUGGGCCAGGGCUCUCGGUCUAUUUCAAACAGGUACUCAAUCUCUUUCUCUCACACACACCCCGCUGCGUCUUCCCCCUGAAGAGAAACGAUGUGCAUUGGCACUUCUCUUUCAAGUGUUCUGCCCCUUCCCGGUCCCUGUCUGAAACAGAGGGACUUUCCUAAAAGUAGUGAGUGUCUGUCACAGGACUGGAGGUAGCGGAGUCACUUCGUCUGUGUGAAACAAUACACAGCCUGGCUGCGUCUACCCUGGACAGUACUGGAAAACACACCUGAGGGGAGUACUGUGCACUGCCUCCACUCUGACUGACUGUCUCCCCCCAAUUUAAACUUUGCAAUCGCUCUCGGUUUUCGGUUCACUGGCUUAUUUUCACUCCUCUCAUGAAACAUUUCUUUGAUGAAGCCAAAUCGUCAAAGAGUUGUUCUUGGUUCCUCACAUACAUUUUAAUAUUCAGAACUACUCAAAAGACACACACCCAAAGACACACACACAUUCACAGGGACAAUCUUGUUAGACAGUCAAAUCCUGAUAAAUGCAAGGAUCAUCGGUCUCUCCACGUAGGUCAAAGAUCAAUCACAAGGCCUGUAUUUGUUGGCAUCCACCAACAAAAAAACUAAACCCUGGACUUUAAUGAAUUCACAAUAUUCUCUCCUUGCUAACUUUACUUGGCUAUGUUUGGCGUAUCAGAGAAUACAAAUAUAGUUCCCUGGCAACAGCCCGCCUCUCAUUCAAUGGAUAUAUUAUUUAAUGUCAGUGUUGUUGUUUCUUUUAAUGUUUUCUAUUUUUGCACUUUUAUGUAAUUGUAUCUGUCGUUAUUGGACGUGAAAGAAUGCUAAGGUGGUUUGUGGUUGGCAAUUAUUAAUUAAAUGACAGAUUUACAUUUAAUUUAGAACUGCAUCCUCUCACAAGCAAUUAUGCACCAUGCCAAAUGCAUUCAUUAACUUCGGUCUGGAUUUACAUAUAAUUAUGCACUAUUUCCAAUUAAAAGAAAGGAGGUAAAUGAUUAAAUCCACAGAGUAGCGCCAUCUAAAUAUAUCCCACGUUCAUAUAUGUAUGUGUGUGUUUAUUGGUUAUUCAUGACUGUCUUUCCACUGGCUGCCUCUCUCUCUCUCUGCAGCACAUACUGCAGCUUUAUCAACACACUUAUCAGCACCAUCAAGCAUCUGUUUGACUUUUUUAUUUUAUGAUAAAGUCCAUGAAUAUUACUCCGGUCCGUUACACCUUUCCGCAUUUCUUUCCAUGUUCCCCCAGAUAAUGUAGUGAUAUUUUUUGACGAAGGAAAACUAGAUGGACUGCCUUCAAAUUGAACCUUCCUUCUCUGCUUUUGAUGUGGAGUCUGAGGACACACAACAUUUCAGCUCGGACUACACUGGCAAGCCCUGGAAGGGACCUCUUGACAGUUGCCUCUGAAUAAGACUGGCUGAACCUAAAGGAAGAGGCAAAGGAGUGGCUGAUGUAUAGCUCUGACUGUAUAGCCCUAUUGAGUUGGUUAUUUAGUUGAAUUAAAUGGAAAAGGAAGAUUGAGGGGGCUGUAUUGGAGACCUUAUUGAUUUUCUCCAACCUCAACCUGCCUGCUUAUGGCAAACAUACUGGUCUCUUUGGGGGACAAGCAUUAGCAUGACCUGUGACCCUUCAGUGUCCUUGUUAGGGGUUUGGAGUGUUGGGGUUUUGUGUAUCGAAGACCAUGACAUCUACCGCCCCCUCAAUAUCGUAUUUCACUACAGGCAUGAGUCACAUUGAUUCCUAACAACUGUUAUUUGCUAGCUUUUAUUCACAGGCUAAGCAAAUGUGAAAUGUGAAAAUGAAGCAGCAAUAUGGUAACACGUUGGUCUUUGUCCAUAUGUGAAUAUUUCAUGAUUACUGUAGUUAUAGAUUUAUAUUUUUAUUUUCCUGUCUUAAAUAUCCUGCUUGAUGUAUGGCUAUUAUGUUAAUUAUUUGUACUGAUCUGAAAUGUAUUGCAGCUUUUGUAUAUACAGUGCCUUGCAAAAGCAUUCAGGCCCAUUGGAUGUCUUCACAUUGUAUUGUGUUACAAAAGUGGGAUUAAAAUUGGUUUAAUUAUACUUUUUUGUCAGCAAUCUGCACAAAAUACUCUAAUGUCAAAGUGAAAGAUGAAUUCUAGACGAAUAAACAUGAAAUAACUCAAAUAUAGUCGUUGCAGAAGCAUUUAGCUCCCUGAGUAAAUAAUUGUUCGAUAAACCUUUGGCAUCGAGGCUUCUUGGGUAAGUCUGUAAGGGCUUUGCACACCUGGAUUGUGCAAUAGUUUCCCAUUAUUAUUUUAUACAUUCUUCAAGCUCUGUCAAGAUGUUGGGGAUCAUGGUUAGACAGCAAAUUUCCAGUUUUGCCAUAGAUUUUCAAGCAGAUUUAAGUCAAAACUGUAACUUGGCCACUCAGGAACAUUCACUGUCUUCCUGUUAAGCAACUACAGGGUAGAUUUGGCCUUUCGUUGUUAUUGCUAUUGUCCUGCUGAAAGGUUGAAUUCCUUUCCCAGUCUGGUGUAGAGCAGACCGAAACAGAAGGAUUUUGAAACAGGAGGAUGUUCCUCUAGGAUUUUGCCUGUGCUUAGCUCUCUCCCCUUUCUUUUUCUCAUGAUAACCUCCCCAGUAUUUGCCGACACCAAAAUAAGGAGGCAGUUACUCAAUGAUGUGUUGUGUUGGAUUUGCCCCAAACACAAGGCUUUGAAAAGUAUUCCUCUGCUGUGUUUUUUUUGCAGUAUUACCUUUAGUACCUUGUUGCAUAUGACAGGUAGCCUGGCGAGUAGGAGCGUUGUGCCAGUAACCAACAAGUUGCUGGAUCAAACCCCCAAGCUGACAAGGUACAAAUAUGUCAUUCUGCCCGGAGCAAGGCAGUUAACCCACUGUUCCCUGGGUGCCGAUGAUUUGGAUGUUGAUUAAGGCAGCCCACCUCUGCACCUCUCAGAUUCAAAUGGGCUGGGUUAAAUAAGGGAGACACAAAUUAGUUGAAUGCAUUCAGUUGUACAACUGACGAGGUAUCCCCCUUUCCCAUGCAUGUUUUGUUUGAAUGCUCUGUACUCUUCUUUUCACUUUGUCAUUUAGGUAAUGAUUAUGGAGUCACUACAAUGUAGAUCCAUCCUCAGUUUUCUCCCAUCACAGCCAUUGAACUCUGUAGCUGUUUUUAAAAUCACCAAUGGCCUCGUGGUAACUUUCCUGAGCAGUUUCAUUCCUGUCCUGCAGCUCAAUUCAGAAGGACGACUGUAUCUUCGAUGUGUCUGGGUGGUUUAAUACAUCAUCCACAGCAUAAUUAACUUGACCGUGCUUAAAGAGAUAUUCAACGUCUGAUUUGUUAUUGUUACCCAUCUACAAAUCCCUUCCCUUCUUUAUGAGGCUUUCAAGAAGCUCCCUGGUCUUUGUAGUUGAAUCUCUAUCUUAAUAAAAAAAAAUGUAAAUGUUCUUCCACUAUGACAUUACAGGGUGUUUAGUAUAGAUUCUUGACGUCAACAAAAUGGCAAUUAAAUGCAUUUUAAUCCCACUUUGUAUCACAAUAAAAUGUGAAGUAAUCCAAAGGAUCUGAACACUUUUGCAAGGCAUUAUAUAUCAUUAUAUUCUCUAUUUAGCACAUUCAAAUCCACUUGUUUUUAUUUUCCCUCAGAGACCGUUUUUAUUGCCAUAGAAAACAAUAUUUUGGUGUGUAGACAUUGUCGUUUUACUAACAAUCUCCUCAAUACUUUCCCUCGGGAUUGUGUGUAUAUUAUCAUGUUGAAUAAAGUCAAAAUAUGUUU